CUCGGUGCGGCGAAUGGAUUGAACCAGCGGUCAACGGCAGCGAGCACGUUCGCGCUAUCUGUCACACGACAUGCGGAGUCACGACAGAUAAAUAUUUGUGGCUGGUUAUUGGCAAGCAGUCCGAGCGAACACAGGGCACGCGCUGAGUUUGGUUUGCCCGCUCCGAUCUAUAAAGUCAUAUUUAUUUUUGUAGAAUUAAACGUGAGGAUUAUAUCGCAGGGAGAAGUGCGGGGUGCAGGCUGUAUAUUUUGGGAUCAUAUUUGCUGGAUAGGAAUGGUCUAGGGUGAGGAGACCCUGUAAAUGUGUGUCAUGAACCUUCUUACCACCUGAGUGACCUCAUAAAGGGAGCGCAUUCUCUUUCAAAAUGAUGCUGCAUAAGCAAUCGGCCCGUACCUCCCCGGGCACUGUUUGUUCUCUACGUGCAGGAGGUGUUCCUGGAUCCCCAGCAGUCACUAUAGUGGCCAAAAUGGACAAACAAGUGAUUGGGUAUAAGGAUCUAGCAGCUAUACCUAAAGACAAGGCCAUUCUAGACAUAGAGAGGCCUGACCUAAUGAUGUAUGAGCCCCACUUCAGCUAUUCACCAAUGGAUCGCUCAGAGAGGUCAUUAUCUCCUCGCUCUAUUUCCCCUCCUCCAUCUCCAGAGAACAGUCUAUCAAAGGAUGUGCGGGAUUGGUCAGAGCCCAAGUCAUCGGGCAGCUCAUCUCCUGCCUCCACGCAGCUGAGUAAAAGCAUAACUGUCAGCACAAAAGUCCCACAUCAGCAACAGCACUUCCACAGGCCAGACAAUGGGACCAACAUAUUCAAGAAGCCGCCUAUAUAUAAACAAGAUGUCUCAGCAGCUGUUCCGCACUCUAAACACAUGGAGGAUUUAAUCAUUGAGUCAUCGAAGUUUCCUGCCGCCCAGCCUCCAGACCCCAACCAGCCCUCUAAGAUAGAGACAGACUACUGGCCCUGUCCACCCUCACUAGCUGUUAUAGAGACAGAACGGAGAAAGAAUGUGGCAUCCAAGACAGCUGAGGGAGAGGAGGGUGAGGAGGAUGAUAAGUAUGAUGACAAUGAUCUGUCUGAAGACAUGUGGAGACUUCGGCAAAUGCAGAAACAAGAGCUCAACAAGAUUCAGUCUAAUCUAGGAAAACUGAUACUAAAGGAGGAGAUUGAGAGAUCGGCCCCUGUCCGUAGGAAAACACGGUCCCUGCCCGACAGGACAGCCAUGCAUCUGGCCUCCAAAUCCCCCUCAUUUCCUUCCUACACUAAGACUGGGCUUACUAGGCUGCAGUCUGCAGAGUUCUCCUCUUCAAACAGUGAUAAAGGGAGUCAACGUAAGUCUGGGGAUUUAGAUAUUUCUGUUUUAUUCUAUUCUAAUGGAGAUGCCCAAAGCAGAAGGAUAGACAGAGGGAAUUCACUCCCUAGUAUGCUGGAACAAAAGAUUUACCCAUAUGAGAUGCUCAUUGUGACCCACAGAGGCAGAAACAAACUCCCACCUGGUGUAGACAGGACAAGAUUGGAGAGGCACCUGUCACCUGAGGAAUUUCAGAAUGUCUUUGGAAUGUCCAUAGAGGAAUUUGACCGGCUUUCCCUUUGGAAGAGGAAUGAUCUGAAAAAGAAAGUCUCUCUCUUCUAAUAGAGGAAAAAUGUGUUCUUUUACAAACACUGUCACACGUCUGCACUUCCACUUGUGAAAACAGUACAAGUGAUAUAAGUUAAGGAAAGAUGAGGAAAUGUGAUAUAAGGAAUGUGAUUUUGGAGCCAGCAAAAAAAUCAGUUAUCCUUAUCGUUUGAUAAGCCCCAUAUCUGAUUGCAGCUAACAAUCAUGUCUGAGUCAUUGAUGUUGUCUCUUUUACUAGUUGCAGCUACUAAGUCAGGACUUCACUGAGGUUACUGAGUCCUCUUCUCUGUGUGCUUUGUAAAGCUAAAAUGAUAUACACAGACAUGAAGGCUAGCAGUACACAUGAAGCAGAUAUGAAUCACACUAGUUAUUUGAGUAGACCAAAUCCCUGCAGAACAGUAUGAUUCAGAAGUCCAGAUGAACCAGCAGGAACCUGUGAGUUUCAUUCACUAUGAAGUCACUGCCACACUUCUCAGCCUUUAUGUGCUAAGUUUGAGUUACCUUCAGAAUAUGGGUCAGUGAUAUAACGCUCAUUCCCGCCAAGAUGUAUUAAUUUAAAAAAUAAAAAAAUGCAUUUCAUACAUACAAUGACUUCAAUACACCUCUUCUAUGAUGAGCAUGUUUUUGGGGGAGCAUACAGUAAAAAAAUGGGGUGUAUAAUGAAGUAAAAAAAAAAAAAAAAAUACAGUACUGAUAUAAUGAAAUCACAAAGCCCAAAUUAAAAGAAUAAAAUACUUAACAAGAAAACCUUAAGUAGUUUUGCAUAAUCUUUUCUAAAAUAUAAAAAAUAUCCAAUAUUUUAACAAAACUUCUUUACUGCUUUUUAAUAUUGUAAAAACUAAAUCUGCUAAAUCAAAGUCAUGUGGUCCAACCACCAUGCAGAAAAAAAAACAUAGCACAGGAAAUUAUAUUAUAGAGAAUGAUAAGGUUCUUAAAAUGUCAAAUAAUUUGACCUUUGUAUGACGUGAUAAGGUUAGUUCAGAUUGUAAAAUGUCCCAAAAUCUUCAUUAUAUUUAUGAAUUAAUAAAUCAUGAUAUUUAUUAAUUCAUAAUUUAUUUAUUUAUAAUAAAUUUACACUUUAAUUGAAAAUGGUAUAAACAUUUUUAAAAGCCAUAUGAAACCAAUUUAAAUGAAUACAAAGAAUACAAACUUGGCACUAGAUUUUUUUUUAUUCUUUAUAGUCUUAUUUGUCAUUGACCCAUAUUUGUGAAAGCAUCUGAAUAUUUGAAUUAAGCGAAGCAGCUAUUGCUGAUAGUUCGGAAAUUAGUACAGUUUAUACGAGAGACUUACGAUGCACAUAUAUUGCACACCCUCAUUCUUUACACCUUAACACCAAUAUAAAACAAACAAUAUAAUACCUUAAUGCCAAUGCAAAUACCAGCAGUACGAUAUCCGUACACGUAUAGCAACAAUUCUCAUGGCAACAACGGAUGUUACAGAGUGAGUUUGCUGUUCCAAAUAGAGCUACUGUACAUUAGUGAGAGUUUACUAAAUAUUGGAUAUGAGACGUAUGAAUCCUGCAUGGCAAAUGUAUCCUGCUUUUCUUCAAUGAUGAUGGAUUGUGAAUUGUGAGUGUAAUCAAUACUUCUCCUCUUCCGCAAGAUGUAUUGAUCAAACAGUUUCACUCGCUCCUUCUAUUCUUCCGUCUUUUUUUCGCUCCCUCGUCCCCAUUUUGCUGCUAUUGCCUUGUAAAGCACCUUUACUGUUUUGGUUCUAUCCUCUCUUGUUCUUGACGGGUGGAAUUUUCUUUUUUACAGUGUUCCUGUUUUAUAGGAUAAGGAUAGGUUAGGAUAUAAAGGGAUUUCAUUCGUUAACACCUGAUGGUUGCUGCUUGCCAGAUGGUUUGAUUUUGCAACCCUGGUUUUUGCUUUCUGUAGAUUUACAGAAUUUAACUGGCUCCCUUUCAGUGCACAGGUGUGAAUUUGAAUUGAAUUGGUCACGACUCACAGGAUGAUGAAUUGGAAUUACAGGAAGAUGAAUUUACUGAACUGCAAUUAAAAAAAGUCAUAUUCACACAACAUAGAUGUAUACCUAAGUAUACAUAAUUAUAUUAUUUAACUAUAUUAAUUAAAAUUAUAUGAAAAUGAAUUAACUAAUCUCAAAUCUGUUCUGAAUGGCACAGAUCCCUGUAGUUCAUAUAUUCUUCUUGCCCACUUCUAAUGACAUCUUAUGUGUGACAUCAGAGUGUAUCUCUGAGCAAAUGAAAUUAUUAUGCUUUUAUUGCUCCAAUGACCAAAUUAAGUGCUUAGAUAGAGUGCAUGCUUUGUACCUAGAGUUUGUACCUACAGAACGGAAAUGUAACAAAAGCAAAACAAUCACUAAAAAGCAACACAUAUCAACUUGAGAAUGUAGAAGUACAAAAAUAGACAUUCCACAUUCAGUUUUUUAGAAGUACUGCUCAAAAGGAAGUAUGUGACUACUGGCUAGAGAGCUAUUCUUAGCUUUUUGCCUAUUUACAAACCAAUAGUAUUAUUUGUUGUUUCAAUAGCCUGCUGCCAGCAAUUUGCUGUUCCUUCAACAGGACAUAACUUAUUUUAUGUGAACACAAUCUGACACCCAAUUUACACUUCACAAUACUCAAUAAUCAUUAAAUUAUGCUACUUAUCAAUCAUGAUUUUUUUUUUUCCAAUGACAGCUUAAAGUUGUGUUUUGUUCUUUAUGAAAUACUUUUUGCUGAAUAUUUUGCAGUAAGGCAAAUGUAAUGUAGUGCGACUACAUCCUAAAUCACUUGAUUCACUAAUACACUUAAAAGGUUGAAUGUUUUCACAGUGCGAAAAUAUGCUCUUUUUAACCACAUGUACAUGCAUCCGACAAUUUUCAUGUGAAAAAUGUUCCAAAUAUUAACAUAACACUGAUCUUUCUCUACUUCAUGAAUAGUGCUUUUCUUCUUUUCCUUUUUUUAUGUGAAAGUGUGAUGAAUGAAAAAAUAAAUAAAAUGGAUUUAGUAAAGUGAGUGUACAUUGUUGUGAUUUUAUCAGUGGUAUUGUUGUUUUAUUAUUUUGAUUUGUAAGUGGCUUACUAAUGAUUUUUAACAGAUCAUUUGAAUUAGUAUUAAGUUCAAUAAAGUUUAUGAUUUUAACAGUG